AUGGAUACUGCAUAUUUGGCUACUUCCUACGCUUACGAGGACAAGGAUUACUUCGAACAAAGCGUUUCUGUAUUACCGACACCAUCCUGUUUUCAACAGCCUCAACAUGGACAUCUUUAUCCUAUUGUACCUCAACCCUUACCAAUACAUGGUGGAACACAAUUAACGAGCAACGAGCACUAUGAUCAACCGCUUUCCUUACAACCGUCGAUGUUUUAUUACGCAGCCGCAGCAGCAGCGGGACCGUCGCUAAUUUCGCAACAGGAACGGCCACAGUCUACUACGCAGAAUAAGACAACAGUAGAGGUGGAGGAUGAUAACAGCGCCAGCUCGAACGUCAAUCGUAAACGCGGUACGAAGCGUGGUCGGCCAACGAAGAAUCCCGUCUGGACGUUCUUUCGCCGAAUCGACGACAAGAGUGUGCAGUGCAAUAUGUGUGCACGG